AAUAUUUAAAAUCAUUAAAUAGAUAUUAAAAACAAGGGAAAAUCAAAAGCAUUAGUGAUUAAUGCAAUUGAGAAACUGUUAUAUUAAAUCAAAUAUUUAGAAAGCUUAUUUAAACAGACGCGAUUAAAAUCAGUUUUAAAGAGAUAAUUAUCUAGAGAGGAAACAAAAAACUUGAUCGUGCAAUAUUCAAUCGAUAUCUGAUAUUUUAAGAGUUGUUAAACAAUCCCUAGCACAAGGAUAUGUCAGAAUUUAAUUCCGAUAAUGAACAACCAAAUUCUGCCAACAAUAAUAAGAUAUUCUAUUUUGGUCAGGAUGAUUCUGAUGAGGAUGAUGAAGGUCAAAUGAAUAAUGUUGUAGUUGGAAUUUGUGCAAUGUCUAAGAAAACACAAAGCAGACCUAUGAAGGAAAUAUUGACAAGAUUGCAGGAAUUUGAGUUUAUUAAAAUUUACGUCUUUUCUGAGGAUGUAAUCUUAAAGGAAGAUAUAGAAAAUUGGAUGCCCGUGGAUUGUCUCAUAUCAUUUCAUUCUAAAGGCUUUCCUUUAGAAAAAGCCAUUCGAUAUGCACAGCUUAGAAACUGCUUUGUCCUUAAUAAUCUACCAAUGCAAUUCGAUAUUCAAGAUCGAAGGAAAGUUUAUUCUACUCUCGAACAAGAGGGUAUCGAAAUUCCACGAUAUGCUGUACUUGACAGAGAUAGCCAGCCUCAAAAACACGAGCUAGUAGAAUCUGAGGAUCAUGUUGAAAUUAAUGGAAUAAUAUUCAAUAAGCCUUUUGUAGAAAAACCUGUAAGUGCGGAAGAUCAUAACAUAUACAUUUAUUAUCCAACAAGUGCUGGUGGAGGCAGCCAGAGGUUGUUUCGUAAAAUUGGAAGUCGUAGCAGUGUUUAUUCGCCAGAGUCAAGAGUAAGAAAAAGCGGGUCAUUUAUCUAUGAAGAUUUUCAAGCAACAGAUGGUACAGAUGUUAAAGUUUAUACAGUCGGGCCUGACUAUGCACAUGCAGAGGCUCGCAAAAGUCCAGCGUUAGAUGGAAAAGUCGAAAGAGAUAGCGAAGGAAAAGAAAUUCGAUAUCCAGUGAUUUUAUCAAACACGGAAAAGCUUAUCGCUAGAAAAGUGUGUUUGGCAUUUAAACAAACAGUUUGUGGAUUCGAUCUACUUAGAGCAAAUGGAAAGUCAUAUGUGUGCGAUGUAAAUGGAUUCAGUUUUGUAAAGAAUUCAAAUAAAUAUUAUGAUGAUACGAGUAAAAUAUUAGGAAAUAUGAUUUUACGGAAUUUAGCACCAAAAUUAAAUUUACCUUGGGCGAUUCCUUUUCAAUUAGACGAUCCUCCCUAUGUUCCUACAACAAUUGGUAAAAUGAUGGAACUACGUUGUGUUACAGCAAUCAUUCGACAUGGAGAUAGAACUCCCAAACAAAAGAUGAAGGUUGAAGUUCGUCACCAGAAGUUCUUUGAAAUAUUUGAAAAAUAUGAUGGAUAUAAAAAGCUUUCAAUCAAACUAAAGAAACCAAAACAACUCCAAGAAGUUCUUGACAUAGCACGAUAUCUUUUGAAUGAAAUUCAAGUUAAUAAAGGAGUUGAUAAGGAAUUAGAAGAAAAGCAGGGUAAAUUGGAGCAGCUAAAAACUGUUUUAGAAAUGUAUGGUCAUUUCUCUGGAAUCAAUCGAAAAGUUCAAAUGAAAUAUCAACCAAACGGUAAACCUAAAGAGUCGAGCGGUGACGAGAAUCCUGAGUCACAAUCAGCAUCUCUUAUGUUGAUUGUGAAAUAUGGUGGAGAAUUGACUCCUGCUGGCAGGGUUCAAGCAGAGGAAUUGGGAAAAAUGUUUCGAUGUAUGUAUCCGGGUUCUGCUGGAACGGAUUCCAGCUCUGAGGAGUGUGGUCUGGGAUUAUUAAGACUUCAUUCAACAUUUCGUCAUGAUUUGAAGAUCUAUGCGAGUGAUGAAGGAAGAGUGCAAAUGACAGCGGCUGCUUUUGCUAAAGGACUAUUGGCUCUAGAGGGUGAAUUAACUCCUAUAUUAGUGCAAAUGGUAAAAUCUGCCAAUACAAAUGGUUUAUUAGAUAAUGACUGUGAAUCAAGCAAAUAUCAAAAUCUGGCAAAAUUUAAAUUACAUCAGCUUUUGCAAAUUAAUCGAGAAUUAAGUGACGAAGAGCGAUCAAAAAUUAAUCCAUGUAAUGCUACAAGCUUAAACCAAGCACUUAAUUUUGUAAAAAAUCCUUACAAGUGCUGUGAACAUGUUUUGAAACUUAUUCAAAAUUUGGUCGAACUGGUCGAUAUCAAAAAGGAAGAUUCAAAAACAAAAGAUAGCUUGUUAUACCACCAAGAAAGUUGGGAUUUGAUGCGACGUCGAUGGGGGAAAAUCGAAAAAGAUUUUUACAACAAAAAUAGCUGCGUUUAUGACAUUUCUAAAAUUCCAGAAAUUUAUGAUGCAAUUAAGUAUGAUUAUUGCCACAAUCAACAUACUCUUCAAUUUCCAGAAGCAGAAGAACUUUAUGUUUACUCCAAAAAUUUAGCCGAUAUUGUGAUUCCUCAAGAAUAUGGCUUAAGUGCAGAAGAAAAGUUAACAAUUGGUACUGGAAUUUGUACGCCUUUACUUAGAAAAAUAAAAGCUGAUUUACAGCGCAACAUUGAAGAACCAGAAGAAAGUGUUAAUCGUCUUAAUCCACAAUAUUCCAAGGGUGUAAGUUCUCCAGGCCGACAUGUUCGUACUAGACUAUAUUUUACCUCGGAAUCACAUUUGCAUUCGCUUUUAACUGUGUUUAGACAUGGGCAACUUCUACCUCUAUCCGACUAUCAAUGGAAACGAGCAAUGGAUUAUGUUAGUAUGGUUUCUGAAUUGAAUUAUAUGAGUCAAAUAGUAGUUAUGCUAUACGAGGAUCCAACAAAAGAUCAAAUGGCAGAAGAAAGGUUUCAUGUUGAGCUUCAUUUUAGUCCUGGUGUAAAUUGCUGUGUACAGAAAAAUCUACCGCCUGGACCCGGUUUUCGACCACAUGCGCAAUCAAAAAAUACGUCGAGUGAAGAUGAAGGAGUAAGUAAGAUUGAUGAAGAAUAUGUUGAUCAACUGUGUAGCAUGAACAUGAAUGAUAAAAAGCGCCCAUCAAAAAUAUCGAAUCCAAUCCAUAUUGGACAUCAUACGGUUUCUGGACAUGAAGCCUUAAACUUGGCAAAACGCUUGAGUGAGGAAUUGGCAACACAAAAUCAAUCUACACAAACUGGAACUCGUGCAAUUAGUCCGGAAGUUGAGCCAAUAUCAAGAUCGUAUGAGGGCAAGAAAGGAACAAGGACUCAGCGGCACAGCUUUUGCCAGAUGAAUCAAUUUAAAUUAAACAGUAGGCUCUCAUAUCGAAGCAGCGCUCAAAGUUUGUUUUCAACAGCCUUAAUAUCUGGCUCAUCUUCGGCUCCAAAUUUAAGUGAAAUGAUAAUUUCAAACAACACUACACUGACAGUGCCAGGUAUUUACGGAGUUCCGCCGAUCAGACCACUUGAAACUCUACAUAAUGCAUUAUCUUUGAAACAGUUGGAUACAUUCUUGGAAAAAAUGACUAAAUAUAUACCACACAAGACGAAUCAUCUUGAGCAUCAGAUGUCAAUAAAUUUAGACUGUCAAGAUUAAAACAAUGAUUAAAUGUGUA